UCCUCAGAAAGAAUGACCCGAGAUUGGAAGCCCGGUGAUCUGAUUUUCGCCAAAAUGAAGGGUUAUCCCCACUGGCCAGCGAGAAUUGACGUAGUCCCAGAUGGCGCCGUAAAACCCUCCAACAUCAAAUUACCCAUCUUCUUCUUUGGUACCCAUGAAACCGCCUUCCUUGGCCCCAAAGAUAUCUUUCCGUACCACCCCAACAAGGAGAAGUACGCCAAACCCAACAAGAGGAAGGGCUUCAACGAAGGACUUUGGGAGAUCGAGAACAACCCCAAAGUGGAACUGACAGCACCAAAGCCGAUUUGUCCAGAGUCUUUGUCUGUGAAGGAUUCUGAUGCUGGUUUAGAGGGAGAUGAGACGACGGAUGUUAAGGAAGCAAAUUCAUUAGAUGUUACAGGAAGGGAGGCAGAGGAAGGGGAGGAGGAAGACGAAGGCCCUAUGAUCACUGAGCCAGUUCCUCAGAAGCAGGAUGGACUUUUACAGGACUCAACACAGGCGGAGGCACCUAAACCCAAAAGAGGACGAAAAAGAAAGAAUGAGGGUGAGCAGGACGCCGAGCCAGCAGAAGCUCCCCCAGUAAGCCCAGUCAGUCCUGCAGGUGGGGAGGCGCCAAAACGACGAGGCAGGAAGCCCAAAAGUGAAAAGUUGCUUUUGCUGCAGCAUCAGGACCGGCCGGGCUCGGGAAGUGAAAUAGACUCCUCUGAGUCGGACAAAAAGAGGAAGAGGGCAGCGGAGGACAAGUCCAAAAGUGGCGAGGAGGACAAGCGAAGGAAGGAGGACGCCAAGGCAAAAGACGGCGAGGUUAAAGAGCCGGACGCCAAGAAGAAGAAGCCUUCUAAAGAGGGCAACUCAUCGGGCGCUUCGGAUGAUGACGAGAAGACCAAAGGCAGAAAAAAGCAUCAGAACUCCGACAUGGACAAAGACGCACGACGGCGAAAAGAUGAGGCAAACAAGGAUGACACCAAGAAAACCGAAGAGCGAUCCGGGGCUAAGAAAAAGGAAAUCUCCACAGAUGUCAAGCUUCAGCGUCUCCACAGUGAAAUCAAGAUUUCGCUAAAGAUAGACAACCCCGACAUAAAGAAGUGCCUGGAUGCCCUGGACGAGAUCAGCACACUUCAAGUGACCACUCAGCACCUGCAGAAGCAGAGUGAACUCAUCGCCACACUGAAGAAGAUCCGCAGGUUUAAAGCCAGCCAGGACGUGAUGGACAAAGCCAGCAUGCUGUACAACAAGUUUAAGAGCAUGUUCCUGGUGGGCGAGGGCGAGUGCAUGCUCAGCAAGGUGCUCAACCGCUCCUUGGCCGAGCAGCGCCAGCACGAGGAGGCUAAGAAGGGGACGCUGAAGAAAGCAGAGCAAGCGCAGGAGAACAAUACGGGUAAGUUACCCCCCAAUUCUGGGUCACAGGAUAUCUUUUGGGGGUUGUAUUGGGAGGGAACACACCACAUCCUGAGCUUGAUGGUCUCACUGGAACAGGAUGAAUACGUCGAUUGCGUGAAAAGGUUCCUUUCUCAAGACGAGGGCGAGGCCAAUGGGCGGAAAAUCGCAAUGAUCUUCCCAAGGUCUGGGGCUGAGACACAUAAGGAAGGAGAUCAGAGCACGGAGGAGAACAAGCAGGAGCCGCGGGAAGAUGCCUCUACGGGGGAGAACCUCAGGAGGCCUCCACCUGACUCCCCGCUCCGGUCCCUCGAGGUCUUCACACUGGAACGUCCCGUCCGGUCGCUCGCGACCGAUCACCUUGACUGGUUCCCACUUUACUGA